AUGGCGGCAAGUGAGCAGAAGCCCAAGGUGAAGCUCUACUGGUUGGAGCAGUCGAGAGCCCAGAAUAUCCUCUGGCUCCUCGAGGAGCUCAAGAUCGACUACGAGGUCGAAGUGUUCCACAGGAAUAAGCAGACCCUGCUGGCGCCUCCCGAGCUGGCAAAGGUCCACCCCCUGGGCAAGUCGCCCGUGAUUGAGAUUUUCCCGACUGGUUCUGGCGAGUCCAUCAAGCUGGCUGAGAGCGGCUACAUGACUCAGUACCUGUGCGAGCACUUUGGCCAGAACACCAAACUCAUUCCCACGAAGUGGAAGGAUGGCCAGGAGGGCAAGAUUGGCGGCGAGACUGAGGGGUACUCGAGAUGCCAGUAUCUGCUUCACUACGUCGAGGGCAGUCUGCUCCCGGUCCUCACUCUGUCUCUUGUCAUUGGAGCUCUGAAAUCCGAUAACGUGCCCUUCCUCGUUCGCCCCAUCACCUCGAUGGUGGCCAACAAGAUCUACAGCAUGAUGGUCUUCCCCAACGCCAAGAAGCACUUGGCCCUGAUUGACCAGAUGCUCGAGACGUCGCCCAACGGCGGCAAGUACAUUUGCGGCGAGCACCUCUCGGCCGCCGACAUCCUCCUCAGCUUCGCGCUCAUCGCGGCGGAGCCCCGCUUCGACGGGCUGGGAAGCUGGCCCGGCGGCUCCGCAAAGGCGGCUCACCCCCGUGUGUUUGAGUACAUUGAGAGACUCAAAAAGGAGCCCGGGUACGAGAGAUCGGCGCAGAAGAUUCGCGAGAUUGAUGGCAAGUUUGAGGCCACAAUCUCCAAGAUCUCUUGCGUGAAGCGAAUGGCCCAAGCUUCUCUCCUGUCCGAGACGGUUGAGCGCUACAGCUGGGGCCAGCGGCAUCCCGGGCCGCUAAGUCGACGUGCGUCCCUCCCGCUGUCGGCAACUUUUCCAGUGACGCCCCGACCUGGCUUUUUUUUUUCGCGACUGCAACCACCGAGAAGCCAGUCGUCGCACACUCCUUACCCCCGCCAACGCACUCGGGCGCCAGACGACUCCAUGCUCGCCUCGAGGACGGUAUGCGCCCAGUGCCGUUCGAGGCUCCUGGCCGGCGCGGCGACAAUCGGCGCUGUCCGACCAAACUCGACGUCGAGCUUCCCGUCCGCCGCCUUGGACCAGCCAUCCCGACCCCAGCAACACAAAGCGCCGCGACCACCCACGAGGAAGCACAAAAGCGGAGGCAAUGACACUGCGAGACAGAGAGUGCUGGAUCUGUUCGAAGAGACCAUCAGCAAGCAGCCCACACAGGCAAUUCCGAACCCCGGCCCCGGCGUCAACCAACUCUACUCGCUUACCGACGAGCUCAGCCAACUCAUACAACGCAGACAGAGACAGAAGAUAUCCGAUCUGGAGUUUGCAUCACAGGCAUACACGUUCAUAACGACAAAGCUUCUUGUGGCGUCGCAAAAGUCGGGUGCCCAUCUACCCCAGGUUACCAUCACCACGACCAGCCAAGCAAUACAACACAUUAUCAAAAUCAAGUUUGCGACGAUAGAAGCCGCAGACCUUCCCAAAACUGUGGAGAUUUGCAAGCUGUAUACUCAUCUGAAUAAUAGAAGGGUUGUGAGGCGGCUUGAACUUAUCAAUGGACUCGUGCGGGCCAUCAUCUCGUCUCGAGCCGACCCGGAGAACCAGCCUGUCGAGGAUCGAUUGCUGGACGAUCUCGUGGAAUGCUGGAAACACUUCUCGGGCUUGAAGCGUGCCGACAGCGGCCUAGAUUCGGAACCUGUAUUCUGGCUCACGUCACGACGAGACUUGCUGGGGACCGAGAGACCCGACAAACUCAUCCGCGCGCUCUUUCCCUUCUUUGCGACCAACGAAACUUCAGGCCUUGGACCCGCCCUCGUAGCCACAUAUGUUUUGCUGUCUGAGCCCAAGCAUAUGCUCACCAAGGCGAAAGAGGAGGCUCAGCCUCUGUUGGAAGCGCUUGAUCCCAUUGUGAAGCAAUUUGACAAAGACAUGCUCCAGGAACUCUUCCGGGACCAUUCCGAACUCUGGGGCUAUGUCCAACCUCGGGCGGACUGGAGAGUGACUCGCGUGGCUCCCGGGACGUGGAAGGAGUCGGAUACUGUCUCUACCGGGAGACCUGACCAAACCAAGUCAGCAGUCCGAUUCUCUUAUGCCCUGUGGCACCGGCGGUUCGAGACAGUCUUUCGCGCAAACGACGCUGCGGCGAUCCAGCAGGCCUGGAGAGACCUGAUCAACCCGGCCAAUGACAAGGACCGGACUCUGAGACUACAGAGCUCCCCGGACCUUUUCGAUUACAUCCUAUUCCUCACGUGUAGCAAGUACGGACUGCAAGGGGCAGGCUUUCCCAAGUUGACCGAGGAAAUACUGGCGUACAUGAAGACCCUAGGCAUAGUCCCGACGGUCAGGACAUACACGUCCAUGAUGAGUGGUUGGAAGGAAGCCAGAAGGCUGGAGCCGAUUGAGAACUUGUGGAAGUUUAUCACCAACGCAGGGGUCAAGCUGGACCAGCAGAUCUGGUCGAGCAGAAUCGCCGCCCUCGGACUCCUCGGCGGCGAACACGACGGCUUGGCUGCCCUCAAGGAGAUGGAUAGGGCGUGGAGUACGGCAGUAAAGAACGGCACGCAAGGCAGGGCCGUCGAGCCGGGCAUCUCAAACGUGAACGCAGCCAUCUCCGGGCUGCUCCGGCGGGAUAACAUGGAAGUGAUCCGCUCGGUACUGGACUGGGCGACUGGCAAGGGCAUAACACCUGAUAUUUACACCUACAACAUGCUCUUGUCACGGAUGCUCAAAAAGGGGGCCCACGAAGAGGCGGACAGGAUCCUCGCCAGCAUGAAAACGGCGGGCAUCACUCCAGACGGAGCAACCUUUACAGUCAUCAUGGAGGCGGCCCUCAGCGACCUGCCGGACCAGACGCCGCAGGAGCAGCGGGAGACGAUGGACAGGGUCUUUUCCGAGAUGGCCGCCUGCGGCAUCGAGCCCAAUCAGGAGUCCUUUGGCAAGAUGCUCCACGUCCUCGUCCGAGCGGGCGACGCUGGCAAGCACGCCGUGUCCGCGCUGCUCUCCCACCUCCGCGAGUCCCGCAUCUACCCGUCGACCGAGAUGUGCACCAUGCUGGUCGAGUACUACGUCAACCGGAGCCGGCCAGACCUCGAUUCGCUGCGCGCCCUCGUCGCGGACCGCCGCGCCCGCACGCGGGCCCUGACGGACCGCGUCUUCUGGGAGAGCGUCAUCAAGAACUACCACCGCGCCGGCGACCUCGACAGCGCCCUCGAGGUCGUCUACGACCUUGACGACUGGGGCAUCUGGCCCGGGCUGCCGCUGCUCGAUCCCUUGCUCCGGUCCCUCGUCCACAGGCACGACUUUGAGGGUGCCAAGAAGCUGGUCGACACCGUCCGCAAGCAGCCUCGGCCUCAGGCCGCGGAUAAGGCCGGUCGCUUUUCAAAGCAUGGCUUCUGGGCCUUUGCUCACGAUUAUGGCCUGCUGCCGGGACAGGAGGAGUAG